AAUGCCGACGACUGACCCUGGCCUCCCCUUAUGAGCCUUGUGUGGCGCCCGUCGGUGGCCAGUGAAGCUUCCUCAGCGGUGGCAUGAUGACGUCCGCCGUGGUGGACAGUGGAGGGUCUCUUCUGGAGCUUUCCAGCGGCGGCUUGAAAUGCCAAGAGGACAGCGAGAAGGUGCCCGAGUACCCGGCCGUGAUCGUGGAGCCCGUCCCGAGCGCCAGGCUGGAGCAGGGCUACGCGGCGCAGGUGCUGGUGUACGACGACGAGACGUACCUGAUGCAGGAUGUGGCGGAGGAGCAGGAGGUGGAGACGGAGACCGUGGAGACAGUGGAGGCGUCUGUUCACGGCAGCAGUGCGCACUGUAUGGACAAGACCAUCGAGGCUGCCGAAGCACUGCUCCACAUGGAGUCUCCGACCUGCUUGCGGGAGUCGAGAAGCCCCGUGGAAGUGUUUGUCCCUCCUUGUGUAUCAACUCCAGAAUUUAUUCACGCUGCUAUGCGACCUGACGUCAUUACUGAAACGGUCGUGGAGGUGUCGACAGAGGAGUCUGAGCCCAUGGACACCUCUCCGAUACCAACAUCUCCUGAGAGCCACGAGCCUAUGAGAAAGAAAAAAGUUGGCCGUAAACCAAAGACCCAGCAAUCACCAAUUUCCAAUGGGUCUCCUGAGUUAGGUAUAAAGAAGAAGCCCAGGGAAGGAAAAGGAAACACAACCUAUUUGUGGGAGUUUCUUCUAGAUCUCCUUCAAGAUAAAAAUACUUGUCCUCGGUAUAUUAAGUGGACUCAGAGAGAAAAGGGCAUAUUUAAGCUUGUGGACUCGAAAGCUGUCUCGAAGCUUUGGGGAAAGCACAAGAACAAGCCAGACAUGAACUAUGAAACGAUGGGACGGGCUUUGAGAUACUACUACCAAAGGGGCAUUCUGGCGAAGGUCGAGGGACAGCGGCUUGUCUACCAGUUCAAGGACAUGCCCAAAAACAUCGUGGUCAUCGAUGACGACAAGAGUGAAGCCUGCAGUGAAGAGUUGGCAGCGGCUUCUGACGACAAGUCCCUGGAGCGCGUGUCGGUGUCUGCAGAAAGCCUCCUGAAGGUGGCGGCGUCCGUGCGCGGCGGGAAGAACGCCUCACCGCUCAGCUGCUCCCGGACAGACAAGAGCGUCGCGCGGGUGCUGAAUAUCACGUCCCCUGGUCACGACUCUUCAUCCAGAUCGCCACCUGCCACUGCUUCUGUGGCCUCUCCAGCAGCUCCACGGACAGUCCGUGUGGCGAUGCAGGUCCCCGUCGUAAUGACAUCGUUGGGUCAGAAAAUCUCCACGGUGGCCGUCCAGUCUGUGAACGCGGGCGCGCCAUUGGUCAGCAGCAGCAGCCCCGGCACCGCGAGCUCCCCGAAGGUGGUGAUCCAGACCAUCCCCACCGUGGUGCCUGCCGCGGCCGAGAGCGGAGACAAAAUCACCAUGCAGCCUGCCAAGAUCAUCACCAUCCCUGCCACGCAGCUGGCGCAGUGCCAGCUGCAGACCAAGUCCAGUCUGCCUGGCUCGGGCAGCAUUAACAUUGUGGGCACCCCUCUGGCCGUGAGAGCACUUACCCCCGUUUCCAUCGCCCAUGGUACCCCCGUCAUGAGACUCUCCGUGCCUGCCCCCCAGACCUCCAGCCAGACACCCCCCCGGGUAAUCAGCGCGGUCAUCAAGGGGCCCGAGGCUCAGGCCGAAGCCUUGGCCAAAAGGCCAGAGCAUGACGGGAAGACCUUGCAGCUGGCCCAGGAGGAAAAGCCCGCCGACGGCGGCAAGACGGUCACCCACGUCGUGGUGGUCAGCGCGCCGUCAGCCAUCGCCCUUCCCGUCACCAUGAAAACGGAGGGACUCGUGACCUGUGAGAAGUAAGACUGUCCGUGAUGGAACUGACGGAAACACUUGGAAGGGAUGGCUGCGGGGAAAGUCAAAGAAGACUGACUUUAAACGUUUUGAUGCGUAGGAGAAAAUCAUCUUACUGGAAGUCAAUUACCUUUCCCAUGUUUCAGUGGGAAGUGAACUAACUUCAUAUCAGAUGCUGACGGAAACUGCCUCUUCCGGUGGGACGCGGAGCCCGUCCGUCCAUCAGAAGGCUCAGAGGGACCAAGCCAGUCACUACAAUGUCAGUCACACUAAGCCUCGGCACACUAACGUUCUGUAAGAGGGACAGUUCCACGGGGUAGGGGCGGGCGAUCGCAUUGUUACCUAGAGCGAUUCUCGAUGCAUUUUAUAUGCAUACCAGCAAUUCUUACUGUGUUCACACAGAACUCACUUAACUGGUGCUAUGUGAAGACUCUGCUAAUAUAGUUCUUGUAGAAUGUGAAUUGAAGAACGGAUCCAAAAGCUUCAGAAGGAGGAGAGCAAAAAAUGACCUAGUGUGUUUUUUUCCUUUGGGUUUUUUUUUUUGUUUGUUUUGUUUUGUUUUUUAUCAUAUAGCUUUUAAGCUGAUUUAAAACAAAGGCCUUAGACUAAUUUUCGGUUUUCUUUCUUGAAAUAAGCUAAUGGCUUGUUUGUGUAAAGCUUUUUUAUUAAAGAAAAAUUUUAAAAUCUUGUACCUAGCACAGUAUUGUUAUAGAAUUUACAUGUAACAUUUUAUAUGGUAGUUUAAGUCUGUCGGUUUCUUAAUUGUGGACAAAUUCACAGUUGGCUCCGGCCUUUUGCUGUCACAUGCCUGUGUCACUCAGCAGCCCUGCAUCGGUGCCGACAUAGCAGUUCAGGCCCAGCAUGAAUUUUUGUCAGAUAGCUCUAAUACCUGGAGUUUUUUUUUCUUUUUUUUAGUUGAAGUUUAAGAGGGAAAGUACCAGUGUUCAGAUUUGAACUAUAAUAGUUUGUAUAUUCAACAUUUGAAGUAUAUUCUAUUUUGUUGUACUCUUGUUUCAAAGUGUAUUCAAGUAGGUUUUCUGAAAUAUAGAUAUGAAAUUUA